CAAAAAUGCCAAGUUUCCCCAACAAGCAUCAGCAGCAAUCCACUGCGAACAAACCCAUGAUCUGAUCGGAGAGUUUGAUCCGAGAGCGAUCGGACGACAAAUGAGCCGAUAGCCCUUGCCUGGAACCGUUGGACCCGGCCGAUGCCAGCAAGGAGCGGCACUACAAGAAUGCCAUCUUGAUCCGCAAUCCAGACAGGAACAAUCACUCCGUUUCCCCUGCAUCCACGCAACCGACCGAUUUCGAGCCCAAGAUGACGGCGCUGGACACCCUCAAAGCAGCCCUCGAGGCCUCGCUGACGCCGUCGCCAGCCGUCAUCUCGAUCGGCCUGGCCGUCGUCCUCCUUGUUCCCAUCCUUCUCCACUUCUUCUUAACCGCGACGACGCCGUACACCACUCUGCCCUCGGUGCUCCUCGUCGGGCCCUCCGGCGCCGGCAAAACCGCCUUGCUCACCCUCUUCGAGCGUGGACCCCUCUACCACCAACAAGCCCCCUCCUCGUCCGCCGCUGCCGCCCAAAAACCCCGCGUCAGCGCUCCUGUCGCCCAAACCCACACUUCACAAGUCCCCGCCUCCGUCGAGCUCGCGGUCUCCACCCCUGCCAACUCCGACGGCACCAGCGGCGGCGGCCCAACCAGCUACCGCACCGACCUCGACGCGGCGGGCGCGACGGCCAAGAAAUUCCUCCUCGUCGACACGCCCGGCCACCCCAAACUGCGCCGGCACGCGCUGGCGCAGCUCUCCUCGCCAAGCGCCACCAUCACCCCGUCCCUCCUCUCCCCUUCCACCACCAGCCUUUCCUCCUCCUCCUCGAACAGCACGACAGAAGCGUCCAAAUCCAAACUCAAAGCCCUCGUCUUCCUCGUCGACGCCGCGGCGCUCGCAGACCCGGACAGCGGCGCGCUGGCCGCGGCAGCCGAGUACCUGUACGAGGUGCUGCUGGCGCUGCAGCGGCGGUUCUCGGCGCGGCGCGGCUCGCGCGCGCCGCCGGCGGUGCCGGUGCUGGUGGCGGCCAACAAGCUGGACCUGUUCACGGCGCUGCCGGCGGCGCUGGUGAAGAGCCAGCUGGAGGCGGAGCUGGGGCGGAUCCGCCGGGCGCGGAGCAAGGGACUGCUGGACUCCGGGGUCGGGGUGGAGGAUGAGCUCGCUGGCGGCGGCGGCGGGAUGGGCGAGGAAGGGGAUAAUUGGUUGGGAGCGUACGGGUCGGAGAAGUUUAGUUUUAAGGAAAUGAUGGAGUUUGAUAUCGAGGUGGAGGUCAUUGGGGGCAAUGUGGUGGGGGACGGGCCCGGGGCGGAUAAGUGGUGGCGGUGGAUCGGGGAGAGGAUUUGAUGGGGCGGUUGGUGUGUGCCCGUGAAUAGGAGGAGGGCGCGCCAGUGGUAAGAUGGAAAGUCUGGGUAGAUGAGGCACGACUGUCUACUGGGUAUAUUCAUGGAGGUUGGCCCCCAACGGCACGCCGCGCCGAGCCCG